CUGCACAGCUAGAUGACGGCCGCUCUCCUCUCCAGCAGCAGCAGCACGCUAUGCGCCGCCAGGCGCUCCGCUGCGUCGGCUGGACCGGCCCGGGCGCUGCCUCUGAGGCGGCGGGCCGGCGUGGUGCGGGUGGCCAACAUCGCGGCGCCCGCUGAGGAGAUGCUGGGCCAGCAGGGCGCUGGGCAGACCACCAAGUAUGAGGGCGGCAAGAAGCUGGGCAACGCCCCUCCCUUCACCCUCCAAGACAUGCGUGAUGCCAUCCCGCCAGAGUGCUUUGUGAAGGACACGGUCCGCUCGGCCGGCUUCCUGGCGCUGGACGUGGGCGUGGUGGCGGCGCUGGCCAUCGGCGCCUACUUUUUGGACAACCCCCUGGUCUGGCCGCUCUACUGGUUCGCGCAGGGCACCAUGUUCUGGGCACUCUUCGUGGUGGGACACGACUGCGGCCACCAGAGCUUCAGCAACAACAAGGCGCUGAACGACCUGGUGGGCAACAUUGUGCACUCCUCCAUCAUGGUGCCCUACCACGGCUGGCGCAUCUCGCACCGCACCCACCACGCCAACCACGGCCACGUGGAGAACGACGAGAGCUGGUACCCCACCACCAAGUCAAACUACGAGAAGAUGGACAAGUGGGGCAAGCUGGGCCGCCUGCUCUUCCCCUUCCCCCUCUUCGCAUACCCCUUCUACCUGCUCAACCGCAGCCCCGGCAAGGACGGCUCCCACUACGACCCCAAGUGUGAUCUGUUCACCGAGAGCGAGGGCCCGCUGGUGGAGACGUCCAACAAGUUCCAGUGCGCGUGGGUGGGCUUCCUGGCGGGCUGCACCCUGGCCCUGGGCCCCCUGGCCAUGCUCAACCUCUACGUGCUGCCCUACUGGGUGUUUGUGAUGUGGCUGGACGUGGUGACGUACCUGCACCACCACGGCCCCAGCGACCCCGAGGAGGAGGUGCCGUGGUACCGCGGCGAGGAGUGGUCGUACUUCCGCGGCGGCCUGUCCACCAUUGACCGCGACUAUGGCAUCUUCAACAAGAUCCACCACGACAUCGGCACGCACGUGGUGCACCACCUCUUCCCGCAG